AUGUCCGAUUCUGAAAGUGAUGAUGGCUCGGAUGGCCUCUUCGCCGAUUUGGUGCUGGAGACGGAUACGGAGGUGAAUGAUUCCGAUGACGAGGACGAAGAAUUCAAAGGAUUCGAAGACUCACAAAAAAGUGAAGAGUCCUUCUCCGAAGGCGAAGAAGGAAAGCCAAUCGAGAUCGAAACUGAGACAGAAGCCGAGAACGAGAUUGAAAACGAGAACGAGAACCACGCCUCUGAAGAUGACCAAGAGACAACCAUCAAGCCAGAGCCCGCGGAGAACAUCAUCAAACCAGAGCCCGUCGAGAACAUCACCCAAGACCAAGACUCCGAUGACGAACUCCUAAUCCGCAUCAGUGGCGACAAAAGCAACCUAUCUGCCCACAACAAGCUAAAAAUUCUAACAAGAGCCGUCGCCUGGCAGAUAGAAAGGCACAAUCAAUGGGCCGGAGAUAAUCUCGAAUGGUUGGGCAGAAAAGAUUUGUGCUCGAUUCUUGAUGUCCGGUCGGCAAAAGACAUGCAGCAUGGAGAUCGGGGAUCAGGGAACAAGGGACUGAACGAUACUCACUGUGUGUAUGAUCGUGAGGGGUACAAAUGGGGUCGACCUGCUGCGGAGCUUCUUGCUGGUGCGAGGCGAAAAUACAAACCGGAUUCCUGGAUGUUUGAUGGUGAAGCACGACGACUGCUUAUUGCACUUGAGAACUGGUAUUUCCACCUCGGUCAGGAGGAGAAAAAUGAUCUCAUUGGUGAUGCUUUUGAGUAG